CCGUGCUGCUAGCUGGGUGCGUCAUAUGGGCCGUCGUCUUUCAUGGGGAGUGGAGUUAAGCCGCCUGACAAAAUCAAGCCAGUUUCCAGACAUGAAACACUUCGAAGACAAUGAGUAAAUUAGCACUCUAAUUCAAAAAAUUUAAGUGUCCUGGAGUGCGAAAGUGUUGAUCUGCAAAGUUGCGUCCAUUUUUCUGUGGUAAGGUUUACUGCCAACUCGAAACCAAAUGGAUCUCAGGACCGCUUGGAUCCAGCCGGAGCAGCAGAAGGGACCGGUCAAUUCUCUGUGGAUGCAUUUUUGGAGGACCUCGCAGGGACUAGGUGCGAAUCCCGGCGUUGACAACCACCUUUACCACCAACGCAACUUUGCGGUGCAGAACGCGAACUCGGCGGACUCUUGCGGUGAGAGCUGCAGACACGUCUCACCGCAACCGGGGGUCGUGUUCGGGAAACUGCCGCGGCGAGACGGCGGCGGGGAGCGGGGGGGAAGCGUCCGGAGGAAAGGCUCGCUGUCACCGUCCACGUCCUCGCUGGACUCGGAGGCCGAGGGCUGCUCCUCCUCGCCCUCCGGCUCCUCGCUCCACAUGGACAAUUUGAACGUGGCGGAGGACGGCGGGCCGUUUUUGCACGUCGGCGAGCGCAAGUUGAACGAGAACCAUGUCCGAAAGCAGCACCCGGCCCCGCCGCCUGCUGCUUUUCACGCUGCUCAGCAGCACUGUCGCAGCGUGCUCCAGUCCACCGGCCACACCCCCACCGGCAUGAAAAACCAGCCGGGAGGCAACAAGAACCACCAUCACUCCCAUUCAUCCGGCCGCAGGAGGCACCUGAACCGGGCCAACACCUUCCACGGCUUCAACCCGCUGCUGUCCUACGGUUUCAAUGUCCACCAGCAUCAUGGAGACCCCUCCUGUAGCCUGUGGAAAACCAGGCGCUACAGCCCGGGCAUCAACGGCCUGCAUGAAGAAAUCGUGGACUUCUUCAACUUCAUGUCCCCGAAACCUGAAGAGGAGGCCAUGAGAAGAGAUGUUGUUAACAGAAUAGAGGGGGUCAUUAAAGAUUUGUGGCCCACAGCACGGGUGGAGAUAUUCGGCAGCUUCAGCACAGGACUGUAUCUUCCUACAAGUGACAUUGAUCUUGUGGUGUUUGGAAACUGGGACCACCCUCCACUGCAGGAACUUGAGCAAGCCCUGAAAAAACACAACGUGGCCGGCAAUUUUCCCAUCAAAGUCCUCGACAAGGCUACGGUACCCAUUAUUAAACUCACGGACCAUGAAACGAAGGUGAAAGUGGACAUUAGCUUUAAUGUCGAGACUGCAGUCAAAGCAGCACAGUUUAUCAAGAGCUAUCUAAAGAAGUACACAGUUCUUCCACCCCUGAUCUUCGUUCUGAAGCAGUUUCUCUUUCAGAGGGAUCUCAAUGAAGUCUUUACUGGAGGCAUCAGCUCAUACAGCCUUAUACUGAUGGCCAUCAGCUUUCUGCAGUUGCACCCUCGGAUCGACACCCGACGUACCAACAUUAACCUGGGCAUCCUCCUCAUCGAGUUCUUCGAGCUCUACGGUCGCGAUUUCAACUACAUGAAAACGGGCAUCCGGGUGAGAAACGAAGGCGCCUACCUGUCCAAGGAAGAUAUGCUGAAAGCCAUGGGGAACGGAAACAGGCCAUCCAUGCUCUGCAUAGAGGAUCCGGUCCAGCCAGACAAUGAUGUGGGCAGGAGUUCCUACGGAGUCCUGCAAGUCAAACAAGUGUUUGACUUUGCCUACAUGGUGCUGAGCCACAGCGUGUUCGCACGUUCUUAUCCAAACAAAGAGUUUGACAGCACUUUGGGUCGAAUUAUUCGAGUCAGCCCCGAGGUUCUGUCCUACAGAGAACGGACAAUCAAGAAGUGGGGCACUAAGCAGAGUGCCAAGCUGGAAAACCAAGAUGUAGAGGCCUGUGAGCAGGACCUGGCCCGUAUGAUGGUGGUGGAGGAUCAAAGGGACUCUUCCUCCCCCCUCAGCGCUGACUCCUCCUCACCUUCUCCAGUCUUUCCUCCGAGCCCUCAGCAUCAUUCUUCAUCAUCUUCUGCCUGCUCACUUUCUUCCUCCUCCUCUGGAAGUGACAUUGAGUCAGAUUCUCCACAAAGCAACAAUGCUGCUGUCCAGCUCUACCCUCUCACCUUGGCUUCUAUUCAUUCGAUGAUCCAGAUGGCUGCUGACCUGGGGGCCGCACAGUCUGCAAACUUUAUCCACACAAUGCAUCAGAUGUCUCUACCAGAAAACGUCACCAUCCCCACUCUAUCUGAUUGUCAGUUCUACCACGAGAACCCUCCUUCCAUCAGCACUGUGCAUCGUCACCCAGCACACGCUGUACAAGUUCCUCAGCACACGAAGCCUGCGAGCCCCCUCCUCAGCCCGCUCCACCACCCUCAGGUAGGAGGGCAGCAUACCUACACUUACACCAUGAGAUCCAAGUCCCACAGCUCAAUCGAGCUGCAGAAAUUUGGCUUCAAGCAGAACCAAGCUGCCUGUAACCUCCAAGGCAACUUUAGUCCUCAGCACAGGUUGGUCCCUCAGAGUCCUCACGUGGUGUCAAGUUUCCGAAACCAGCAGCAGUACAACUGCAACACCUGGAGACGCAGGAAGAAGGACAGUUCCCCUGCUCCUAACUGAAGUAAGAGCUAAAGAACUCUCUGUGUCCUGUCAUGAAAGCAUCUCCGUUGUGUUUAAAAGUCACAAGACAAUUCAAGGCGUUUCUCAUUGCUUGUUGAAAACCUGCGAAAGGCUUCAGGUCUCAUCUGUGCUUAUUUCCUACCAUCAUUCUGAAAAGUCCGAACCCUCUCUCUGAACGGGACGUACACCAGCACAAAGUCAAUGGAUGAACUGGUGACUCUGGGCCUUCCUCCUCAGCGUCACCUCCUGUGAUGUAUUGAUUGUCCGUGCAACUUUGAGCAUCUUCAACAUCAUGUGCCAUAGUGCUGAUGUGGUUCCUCCAACCAUCAUCUCCCGAAGCUUGGUUUCUUACUGAGCUUUGCUCAGGUUUUAGUCUCACUUGGUCUUCUGAAUGCGUUUGUUUCUCGCCUCUAAUCACAGCUCUAAAGUUUAAAGUAUUUUGUACUCUAAACUAAAGCAAAGCACUGCUUUACCUUUCUACCUAUGCAGCGCAAAGCUGACAAUGUUUUUCAUGUGACGGCACAAGGCAGAAAAUGUCAAGUGCUUACACUGUGACGACUGGUAUGAAUGUAUAAUUGUUUUUGUUUGAUUGUGAGUGUUGGUCUUUUUUGUUCAUGUCUUAAUCACAGGAGGAUUUUUUUUAUUUUAAUUUUUCCCACAUUGACACUAUUGUUUUGUACUGUAAACGUUGCCACUUUAUUUUGUGUUGAUUGCAUUUCUGUGCAAUUGUUUUAAUUUAAUUUAUGUCACAUUUUAGUUGAUUUUAGGGAAUUUUUUUUUGUAUUGAUCUGUGCAAUAGAUGGAUUCAAGGGCCUUGACAAAGUGUGUGUGUGCGCACAAGUGAGUGAUUGGGUAUUUCCAACUUUCCAGAAGGAGGAGCCAUGGUAUAACAUUAAAAAUGUGCCAAAUUCCCCUUCUUGAUGAUGACAAACUUUUUACUUGAGUUUAUCUUUUUUGUUGUUGUUUUGGGAUCACUUGAAAUUGUGCCAACUGUCUUUCCAGAUAGUUCCCUCUAGUCCCCAUUUUAAACCUUAAACAUCCAGAUGUUUUCCCUCUCUUAGACUGUGUCGGGGUGGAAAGCACCAUUAGCCAUGUUUACAUGUCAUUUCCAGAAUAGUUGGUGCUACUUAUACCAGCAAAGUGUCUUUUUUUGCCUUUAUAUAUGCUUUGAUUUUGUUAAAGCAAAAG